AUGUAAGAGAUCAAAUAAGCCAAGAUAGUGACGGAGAAUUAUAAUAUAGUAACCACUGUGGAAUAAAACUACCUGAGAGUAUAUAUAAAUGAAGAAACCUUUUAAUAACUCUCAAUCGAGUAUUUAUUAAAUUGUCUCAAUAUUUCAGUCAAUAGAGUAGUCAUCAUUAUUAAGCAUCAAGCUUACUUUUAAUUUAUACAAUAAAAUUUGGUAUUGGAAAUGUUAAGAAAGGCUCCUAAAUUACAUUCUAUUUUUGUUAUAGGAAAUGAACAGAUCGAUGAAUUUAAAGAUAAAAACAUUUUUAGAAUAGAAUCAGUGAAAGAAAUAGACAAUAUCUUGAAAGGUUUGGAGAAGAAGAACAGUUUUGAGAACGAAAGGCUCAACAAAUAUGGAGUGCCAAUAGUUAUAUAAGAAUUACUAAAAUACUUCAAGAAUAAUAUGCACCAUGAGGGUCUAUUUAGGAAGUGUGCAGUAAAUAGUGAAAUUUAAUAAUUUAUGGAGGAAAUAAAGAACUAUGAUUUUACAAGACUUGAGAAUGCAAAUCCUCAUUUAGUGGCUUGUGUAUUAAAAUAGUAUUUCGGGUAAUUGGAGGUUCCUUUGAUAAAUACAGAAUCAAUCUUUUCCAAAGAUUUGAAUGCUAUUGGUGUUAUUAAUGAGUUAUCAGAGAUAAAUGCCAGAGUAUUCUUUAUGGUUAUUUCAUUUUUUCAAGAAGUAGCAAAGUUUGAGGAGCAAAACAAGAUGAAUGUCAAAACAUUGGGCAUGCUAAUUGCACCUUCGAUGGUGAAGUUCUCUUCUUAAGGUGAUAACCCAUUGGAAAAAAUUAAUAAGACUAUUAUGUUUCUGUAGAAGUAUUUAGAAAACUUCCAUAAAUUCGUACCCAACUUCCAUUAUGAGGAUCUUUUGGAGAAGGAAGAGACAGAUGUUGGGGAAGGACUUGAUGGUCGUGAUUUGAAGGAGGAGUGGGCAAAAAUGAAUAAAGUAAAAUAACAUAUAAUAUGA